AUGGCGGUUGAACUGGCUGCAGAUGUUCCUGGAGUGGCGCUGAUCGAUUGUUUAAGUCAAAAACCUCAACCUAUCAUUCAAAAGAUUCAACUUCCGCCUAGACCCAAUUCGUCAAAGGCACCGCCAAGACUUUCAGAUGGAGUACCCAUGGAUAUUGAUGCUAUCGCUGCAGAUCUGGGCUUCACCUAUGACGCCUAUUGA